UCAGUGAAUGGCACAAGACAGCAAACCGAAUACUGUCUCCUGACAAACAGUAGUUUACAUACAAGCUGAGACACCAGAAUGGGGGAAAAGUCUGUUUAUGAUUUCUUUGCUACAAGUCUGGAUGGACAACAGAUUCCUCUUGGUACAUUUAGGAAUAAAGUGCUUCUCAUUGUCAAUGUUGCCACCUUCUGAGGGUCAACAAUAGAGGAGUACCACUGGAUGAAUGCACUGAUGGAAAUGUACGGCAACCACAACUUCACUGUAUUAGGAUUUCCUUGCAACCAGUUUGGUCUUCAGUCUCCAGAAGAGAAUGAAGAAACUCUUGAUAUUCUUAAGUAUGUGAGACCAGGUGGCGAGUUUGUUCCAAGAUUUCCCAUCUUUGCCAAAGUUGAGGUCAAUGGGUUAAGUGAAGACCCUCUUUUCACCUUUCUUAAGGAAUCUCUUCCCUUUGUAAAUCCUGUUGUUGGAGACAUUAAACGCCUCUACUGGUCCCCAAUCAAAGUCGAUGACAUUCGGUGGAACUUUGAAAGGUUUCUGGUGACUGCAAAUGGCAUGCCAUUCAAAAGGUAUGAUCUUCACUGUCCCAUUGAGAUUGUGGAGAAGGACAUAGCAGAACUUGUCUAAUGGACCUGUCUAACGCUGUCAUCAGUGGCAGAAUGAAGAUCCCUCAGUAAAUGUUCUUGUGCACCUGAGCUGGAUCUGACUGGAAGAUGAACAUGCUUCGGAGCUUCAGUGCAUUCACUCUGGCAGCAAGUUCCUUUUAGCCACUGAAAUUGUAUUGGGCCUCUCUUUCUUACAUUUCUUUUAAAGCAUAGAUUCUGCAGCUCUGAAUAAAACACUUUGAAACAGUA